CCCAUCUCUCUUUGACGACGGGCUUGGUGACUGGUUCUUUGUGACUCACCCAAUCUAUAGGCGCAGUUUCAAGCGCCAUUCCUACUGAGCCUCCUUCAUUACUCAUUCGGCCCUCUGCUCUUUGCGCAGGCAUCCUCUUCGUACUCUACCUUCUGGCUGUCACCUAAUUCAAGGCGCAUCCUACUGAGAUCUUACGGAUUCUACAAUAACUACGUCCCCUUUCUGUACCUCGCAUACUGUCCUUCGAACCCAGCCAGCCCCAGUAUACUUACGCCGCCAUGUCUGGCUCGUUCGACAACAACGACUUGCGCCAGGCCGGCACGGCGGCCAAGCGAGUCCACGACCACAAGGCCAAAUGGGUUCAUGGUGGCCGUUCCGCUCGCCCUGGCGCUGCCGCUCCUAAUGGUAUCCUCCCGAUAACUCGACCUGCAAAGCAACAGUCUCAGGCUAACGAGCACAGAACGUCAUGGACCCGACGGCAACGUCUACGCGACGCACAGCACAGCUCCACACUUGCAAAGGUCAAUUUCCGGAACGAUGUGCGCGAGGCUCUUGACGAGGCGACGUCCGAAUCGUCCGGCGUAGAGGACCACGAGGUUCUCGCAGUCGCAGCGACCAUUCCCGAAGUCUACCAGGCAGAAGGCCCGGUUGACCUUUACGAAGUAUCGGGGGAGACACUGUUCAACGCCGUUGUCGACAAGGCGGUGGAGAAGUUCGAGAUAAAGGAGACAGAGAAGUUGGUCAAGGAGUAUGAAGUUAUAACUCGUGAUCAUGAGCUUUCCAUCGGUUACCUUGCGGAUGAGGACGAGUUCGAGCUGGUUGACCAUGUCAAGCUUUAACGAUUUUUUCUUUUUCCUUUCCCCCCUGGCGUUUGUAUCAGCGAUGACGGGCACAGUUGUCUAGAAUUUGAUUCGCAUAAUAUGAUUUUGGUGUCUUUGGCGCUUCUGUCUUUUUCUCUCGAUCGACGCAUGCUGCGUUGUUGAUCUUUGCAGUCAUUUGGCGGCGGCGCCAGCUGUUGAGAUUUUGCAGAUAUGGUAUUUUAUUAUUAGCGAUCAGAAUGAAUCAAAGUAAUAGC